ACGCCCUUCGGCCUCCUCCGAGUGUUCAGCGUGGUGAUCCCUUUCCUGUACGUCGGGACUCAGAUCAGCAAGAACUUCGCAGCCCUGCUUGAAGAACACGACAUCUUUGUCCCAGAGGAUGAUGAUGACGAUGAUUAAAGGAACUGUAACGGAAGAACAGAAGGGAGAAAACCAAUGGUUCCAACAUCUGUCACCUGUGUUUUGCCCUUCCUAAAUGGGACAGGGAGCUCCAUAUCCCCUUUGCCAGCGAGUGUCCUGCGCAUGUCUGUAUGAUGGAAAUCUGUAAAUUGGGGUUGAAGGAAGUGUUUGAUAGGCCCUGCAUCUUUGCACACACACACACGCUCACCUCAUCAAAGACUGCUUGGGAUUCCUUUUGUUAGCAGUAUGGGAAACACUUAAUUAAAGAUCAAGAGAUUAAGAUG